AUGCUUCUUCAGUCGUUGGUUUUGUCUUCUCUGCUGGGCAUUGCCCGAGCAGCCGAUUACUCGGGGAGUCUUCGGCCUCAGGUUCAUUUCUCUCCUCCCAGCGGUUUCAUGAACGAUCCGAACGGUCUUUUCUUUGACAGCAAAAGAGGCAUUUAUCAUCUGUAUUACCAAUACAACCCCACUGAGACGGUAGCUGGAAACCAGCACUGGGGCCAUGCCACCAGCGAAGAUUUGUACCACUGGACGAAUCAGCCCAUCGCUAUAUCCCCCAGCAAACCCGACGAGUAUAUCUUCUCCGGGUCGGCCGUGAUAGACAGCGAGAACACCUCCGGGUUCUUCCCGAACCAAACGGAUGGCGUGGUUGCCAUCUACACCGUGGAUGCACCGGAAGCCGAGACGCAGCAUAUUGCGUAUUCCACAGAUGGCGGUUACACCUUCACGAAAUACCAGGACAAUCCUGUCAUCGACAGCACGUCCAAAGACUUUCGGGAUCCUCAGGUGACUUGGCAUUCCGAGACCGAGCGAUGGGUCUUGGCCAUCGCGUAUGCCGAAGACCUGGUCAUCGGCUUUUACACGUCGCCCAAUCUCCGGGAAUGGACUCACGCCUCAAACUUCAGCCAGUCUGGGCUCCCAGGAACGCAAUUCGAAUGUCCCAAUCUGGUCAAAUUCGCCGUGGACCAGGAGUCCGGCGAGGAGAGCAAACACGUCCUGUUCAUCUCGGUCAAUCCCGGAGCCCCUCUUGGCGGUUCGGGCACUUACUAUGUGGUCGGAGAUUUCAACGGAACCCAUUUCACGUCCGAGGAUUCCCACGAAACAUUGUAUGAUUUCGCCAAAGACAAUUAUGCCGCACAGUGGUUUUCGGGCCUUUCAGAAGAAAAAUCCCCCAUUUCCAUCACUUGGGCCAGCAAUUGGGACUACACCGACAAGGUCCCCACUGGCCCGCUUGAGGGAUGGAGAAGCUCCACUGGCUUGCCACGAGUGCAUUCUCUUAUCAAUCUCGAUGGAAAGUGGACCGUCACUCAGGCUCCCUUCGAAGAUCUGUCGCCGGUGAGAGGAAGGCAGCUGGCGCAGGAGCGUUUGGGGAAUGACGAGGCAACCGUGGAUUUCUCGGAUGUGCAGUCCAACGCGAUUUCGUUCAAUGUGACCAUCGAGGGGGUUGUGGCGUUCGACCCAGCUGGGCAGGUGAAUUUCAAUUUCACUUCGUCCUCUUCAGGCGAGUAUCUCGACGGAGGGGUGGUGCUCGACACCGGUCGCUUCUGGAUCAACCGGGCGGGAACGCGUGAGUUCACCCGCGCGGAUAAUGCCGAUUUCACGUCUCUUUUCAACACCACCGUCUCCUCCAAGGGUGGUUCGUUCAGCUUCAGCGGGGUAAUUGAUCGGUCGGUCUUCGAGGUCUUUCUCGAACAAGGGGUCCAGGGAGGGAGCAUGACCUUCUUCCCUACCGCGCCUCUGGAUACCUUGACGAUUUCUGCGGAGGGACUGGAUGAACAAACUAGCGUUAGUCUGGAUGUCUGGAAUCUUAAGAGUGGUUGGGAGAAAUGAUCCGCAUUUUAUUCAAUACUCCACCUUUGCAGGUUACAUCAGAAUGGAGUUGGUGACGUGGACGAGCGAUGUAUAUAUUUCAGCUAGAGUACGGGCGCGCGAGGUCUAGCUGCUGUAGUAGUAGCGGACCAGGUAGCGAGUCAUUUGCAGAUGCAGGUAUGAUUCAAUGAGCAACAUGAUGUAGUCCAUUUGAUAAUGUUCCUAUGUACUCCGUAGUGCAUUUCAAUUGGAUCUGCCGUCUUUGCAGGUCUCUGGACUGCGCAUCUCCAGUCUGUCUUUCUCGAGUCUCUUCGAGGCGGAAAUCGACGGCCCGUGAUGUCACGGGAUCCGGCGUCAUUCUGCGACCUGAUUGGACCUUCCGGGCGGAGAGUAUUAUUACUGGCGGUGACCAAACCAGGCCCCA